GCCACUUAUUGUGAGCGUCUCUUUAUACCAUUAUUUACUUGGUGUACGUGACUGUUGUUUAUGAUAUCUGCAGAUUAACACAACCAAAGGCUUCAGAUCACUGUUUUGAUUUCCGGAAACAAAAGUUUUACGUUUAUUAUCUGAUAAACAUUCAAACAUAAAAUGGAAGGUAGAAGGUUUGAGCGCCGAGCAACAGAAUGGCUACCUGGUAUGGAAGGUAAAUAUGUUGCCCGAGGACAAUUUAAUGGUGAAUGUAUCGCUGUUCUCACAAGCGGUGGAGAUGCUCAAGGAAUGAAUGCAGCUGUACGAGCUGUAGUCCGUAUGGGAAUAUACUGCGGAUGCCGAGUAUUUUUCAUCAGAGAAGGAUAUCAAGGUCUUGUAGAUGGUGGUAACAAUAUUCAGGAAGCAUCGUGGGCAGAUGUUUCUGGUAUUCUCCAAUUAGGAGGUACCAAGAUUGGAUCAGCUCGUUGCAUGGAUUUUCGUGAACGUUAUGGACGUUUAAAAGCUGCUGAAAAUUUAGUCAAAAAUCAAAUUACCAAUUUAGUGGUUAUUGGUGGUGAUGGUUCUUUAACCGGUGCUAAUCUAUUUCGAGCUGAAUGGUCAAAUCUAUUGGAAGAACUUGUCACAUUAGGUAAAAUUAGUGCAGAAAAUGCCAAACAAUUUCAUCGUUUAAAUAUUGUCGGUUUAGUCGGUAGUAUUGACAAUGAUUUUUGUGGUACAGAUAUGACAAUUGGAGCAGACUCAGCAUUGCAUAGGAUUAUUGAAGCGACUGAUGCAAUCUCUACCACAGCUCAUUCGCAUCAAAGAUGUUUUAUUUUAGAGGUGAUGGGUAGACAUUGUGGUUAUCUAGCACUUGUCGCAUCUAUGGCAUGUGAAGCUGAUUGGGUAUUUAUACCAGAAAUGCCACCAGCUGAUGAUUGGCGUGAGAAAUUGUGUCAUAAACUUCGAAUGAAUCGUGAACAUGGACAACGUGUCAAUAUAAUUAUGGUUGCUGAAGGUGCUAUCGAUAGAGGAUGUAACCCAAUCACUUGUGAAUUGGUGAAAAAUUUAAUAGUAUCAGAACUUCAACUUGAUACACGUAUAACUGUUUUGGGUCAUGUACAACGUGGUGGUUCACCAUCAGCCUUUGAUCGUAUUUUAGGCAGUCGUAUGGGAGCUGAAGCUGUUCUAGCCCUAAUGGAUGCUGAUCGUGAUCCUAAUCUACCAUCAUGUGUUAUUAGUUUAGAUGGCAAUCAAGCAGUUCGUGUGCCACUUGUGAAGUGUGUUGAGAGAACACGUAAAGUUGCUGAAGCAAUGAAAGCUCGUGAUUUUGAUCAUGCUGUUGAAUUACGUGGAGCGAGUUUCAUGAACAAUUUAGCAACCUAUAUAAAACUUUCAAAAAUUGAACAACCACGUCAAAGUGUCAUGUCAUCUGAAAACAACUUGAGAAUCGGUAUCGUGAAUGUCGGUGCUCCAGCUUGCGGUAUUAAUGCAGUAAUAAGAGGAUUUACUCGUUUGGGUAUUACCAAAGGUUAUACGAUUAUCGGAAUACACGAAGGAUUCUCCGGUCUUGUUAAAGGUGAUGCUAGUGAAAUACAGUGGUCUGAUGUACGUGGAUGGGUGGGAAUCGGUGGUUCUAUGUUAGGAACACGCAGAGACACACCAAAUAGUUUAGGUAUAGAGAAAGUGGCCGCGAGAUUUAAGGAAUUCAAAUUAAGCGGUCUUCUUAUUAUUGGUGGCUUUGAAGCAUACGAUUGUAUGAUAGAACUGGUUGAAGGACGUGAAAAAUAUCCUGAAUUAUGUAUACCUAUGGCGAUGGUACCAGCGACAAUUUCUAAUAAUGUUCCUGGUACUGAUUUCUCCUUGGGUUGUGAUACAGCUUUAAAUGAAAUAACCUCUGUUUUAGAUAAAAUUAAACAAAGUGCACUAGGUACAAAACGUCGUGUAUUUGUUGUUGAAACAAUGGGUGGUUAUUGUGGUUAUUUAGCUACAAUGAGUGCAUUAGCUGGUGGAGCAGAUGCUGCUUAUAUAUUUGAAGAGCCAUUUACAAUUGAUGAUUUACGUGAAGAUGUAGUACAUCUACGUGCAAAAAUUGAUGAUAAUGUUAAACGUGGUUUAAUACUACGAGCUGAAUAUGCUAAUAAAUAUUAUACAAGUGAAUUUAUUCAUCAAUUAUAUGCUCAAGAAGGUCAAGGUAUAUUUGAUUGCCGUUGUAACGUACUGGGUCAUAUGCAACAAGGUGAUAGACCAAGUCCAUUUGAUAGAAGUUUAGGUACAAAAUUUGCUUCGAAAGCAAUUGACUGGUUAGAUGAACAAAUCAAUGCUAAUAUACGUUCAGAUUGUAAGUUACAUAUUGUUUGUUUACCUUUUUACAUUCACAUGAUUACACAUGUAAUUUUAAUGCCUCCUGCUAUUCAAAUUUUAUAUUUUUCAUUGGGUUGAAUUCGUAGACUAACUAGUUGCUCAAUUUCAAAAUCGAAUUUUUUUUACCAACCUUCUAUAUUCAGUAAGAACUUUCGUCUUACUAUGAAUGAAUAAUUAGUUUUUCUUCAACAGUUUGAUCCAACUUUUUCCAGGGAAAUAUCGCAAAAUCAGAAAUAUAAAUCUGUUUACAAAUUAACUAUGUAUUAAACUAUUGUCUCGAAGUGAAUAUUAACUCGGGGAUACAGGUACAUCCAACUGAAAAACCUAAAAUAAGAUGAAGUGCCCGUUCUGGAUUUCACUGCUAGCCACCAUUCAUCUCUGUUUAUAAGGCUUGUGACUUCAUAUCAAUAUUAAGGUUAUCUUGACAAGAUAGGCGAUUGACUGAAAGAAACUGAUCAGUUGUAGUCCUCAACAUUAAUGGCAAGAUCCAAACAACCAAUACAAGUGUGUUCUAUUGAGAUCAUGAAUCGAUCAAUGUUAAACCACCAUUAAAAACCUAUAUAGUCUAAUAAUUUGAAAGAUGUAGAAUUUGGAAUUUGUUCGAAUGCAAACGUGAAUAAGAGUCAUUGGUGUAAAAUGUAUUUAAAAUGGUAUUAACAACAAGCAAAAAGUUGUAUAUAUAUGGAAAUCAUAUGCGAAAAAUUAUUCACCAAAAAUAGACAACUUAACUCUAUGGUUGUGAGUGAUCUUAAUUUUUGACUAUUUCGCCGGAACAAGCUUAAAUCAAACUGUUGAAUGAAAAUUUCAAGUUGCUCUUAUUUUCAGUCUCUGAGAUUUCUGUAAAUAUAUGAUUUUCCCUUCUCCAUUUGGCUACACAUGUCUUAUUUGUAUUGAUAUAUAAGCAAAUUAAUUGAUUUUCAUUGGGUAAGGAUAAACUCUAUUCUCGUUUGCAACUUUGGCCUUGAACCUGGCAACCAACCAAAAUGAAGUGGGAAUUAUUAUUUAAACCAUCGUAAUCCAUUAUGAAGGACGUGUUUCGCUUUCUGUCUUUUCUGCUGGCUCACAUGAAAAAUGUAAAGUUUUCUACGAUGAAAAUAUCACUCCACCAAGCUACUGACGUGUCUAGUGUAGGCCAGUCAGUCAUGAUCGAGGAAAAAUUACAACAUAGCAAAGGACAUACCUCCAAUUAAUUCUGUAAUAGACAUUAUUGCAAAAUAUCUACAACUAAGUGACUAAAUAAACGAAAACAUAACCUUAGUCACUGAUGACGUUACAUUCAGAUGACUUAACAACAUGGAGUUUAUUCCCAGCCUUUUCAUUUGCCUUAAAUGUUAAUCUUGGGAUUUAACAAGAUAUUAUUGUUAUUAUAAAUGAUUCGCUAUGGCUAAUAAGGUUGAACAUUUGAAUUAGAGUAUAGUCAGCUACAGUCUAUACACCAGGACAUUUAUGCUGUACACUAAUUGGUAUUGUACGUCGUCAGACAACCUAUUCAAACAUAAUGGAAUUGAGAGAACAUACAGAUUUCGAGUAAAUGUUUGUUUUUUUUUUUUAAUUUAUUUUAUAAGAUUUAAUUGUACUAAAAUUAUAAUGAUAAUGAAAUAGUUCAAUUUGAGGUAGAGGAAAAAAUAUAUGACAAAGAAAAAAGUGAUUUAAUAGUUAAAUUCAUGAAUCAAUUAAAACUAGACCACCAUGAAAAAUAUGGAAGCACUGCGUGGCUGUGUCGUCUUAGUAUUGGACUCCUGAAUAGGACAAAAUGGCCGUUCAAUGCUUCCAGAUUUUCCAUGGUAGUCUAGCUUUAAUUGAUUUUUGAAUUCAACUAUUAAAUUAUGAAAAUCUUCAUAAAAUCCCCCUUCUGAUAAAAGGAAUGGUGUUUAUUUCCUUCUUUUUUUUUAAAACCUCCUUAUCAUUAUGAUAUAACAUAAAUUAAAAGCGGUUAAUGUUUUAUAAUUAAAUGUAAUACUAAGUAAAUAGUAAUCAGUAAAUCAAUCCAUUAGUAAUAAACAAUAAUGAAAUGAAUGAUUUAAGCAGCUAUUUAUUAGAAUUGAUUAUAUCAAGAUAGAAAUUAGAAAAAGAAAAUAAGUUUAGGCUUAAAUUUUCUUAUUAGUUAAUUCACAUUGAUAUAAAAAUGUAAACAUUUUCAAAUUGACCUUGAUGUGAUCAGAUCCAAGUGAGACAAUUUUUUUCGAAUGUAAAGGUUUAAUUUAUUGAACUGAAUUCUUUAUAGUGUUCAUCAUAUGCAGAUAAUGAUAUCUUUGAUAGUGUAAUAUAAAUAGAAUGGGAUAGAUUACUUUAAAUGGUACAUCUAUAAUAAUUUGGUGAAUCAUAUUGACUCAGUAUGUGUUAGAUGUUGUGUUGUGCAGUGUCAGAUUCUUAAACACAAGCUUAAUCAAAUACUUAAGUGAAAAGAUAGAAGUAUAUGUCACAUUUUUUUUUCAUCAAUGGAAUGUGUCUACUUCCUUACAAAAACGAACAAUAUCUUGACUGAUCACCUGCACCUAGCAUCUGGCCAAUGUUUGAUUAGCCAACUGUAUCACUACAACAACAAUAGAUUUGCGAUUCUUUGAUCAUAACCUUAAAGUGUAUUAGCCAAAACUCAGAAAAUUGUAGUUACGGUUAUUUAUAUUGCGUUUUUAAGACAUAUACCAAGUUGUCAUAAGAACAUUCAGUCUAUAUUCUCAAGAUAACCUUAUGAUGACGAUGAUGAUUUCACGGUGACUGAAAAUAUGUUAUUUAAACAAGUAAUUAUAUUCGAAUGAUCAGUUUUAAAAUGAUUUUUUUUCUUCAUGAACAAGAACCAGCACUUAAAGAGAUACACAAAAGUAAACUCUGAAGAGAAUCAUCUUUAUAGAUAUUUCAUUAAAGACACAAACCUCAAAGAAAUUUAUCUCUUUAUUGCAUAAUCAAUUCAUCAUAAACUACUGAUAUCAUUUGUGUGGAAUUACUGAAACCACUAGGAAUUAUUAAGCACAGCCUCUUAUUUUGUUACAAAACCGCUGGAUUUUGACUCAGAGAUAUGCAUAAUGGUGAUUCUCCAGAUGAGUUAUAAAUUCACUCUGCUGUUAACAGUGCAACGAACGCCAGUGGAACAGACUGUUCAAGCUUCUGAACAGUUAGUUUGCUUUCAUCUUUCCAGUUAUUCUAUACACUCAUAUUUGAUCCACAUUAUUAACUCUAAACGUUCAUCCUAUAUUCUUGUGUAUGUACGUAUGUCUAUUUUCAUCUGUGAUCUAAUUGGCUAUGUAUUGACUCGCCGUAUUCUAUACGCAGUCUAUUUUUAUAUAUACAAUGAAUCGUCUUAAUUAGAAUGAGUUAUUUAAUUUACCAACUUUAUGCUACAUCAAUCCGUUCUUUGCUUACAUGAUUGUUUGUUUGUAAUUGAAUGCAUGAAUUGGAUGUAUUCUCACUUACAUUUCUUAUUUCGAUCAUUUGAUUCAAUGUUUCAUUAACGUGAUGUCCCAUUGGUUCAUUAGGAAAUUAAUUAUGAACGAUAUAUUAAAGUAAGACAGAGAGAUUGUAGAAAGUAUUUUUCUACAAACAAAAUUCUAAACUAUUUCCCAGACUGUCGAGCACAGAGUCUUAGCACAGCCAAAGUCAUAACAAGUAAGCUAUUUGGCUUGAUAAACUUUACCUGUUCCUAAAACGUAAAUUAAUACUGUUAUUUUGCAUAAAACAAUCUACUCAACACAUUAAACAGGAAAAAAGAGACAUCAAAAACAUACUGAACAGUAGCCAGAGGAUACGAAAAAUGAGACAAAAAACCUUAUAUCAGUAUGUGGAUUUGUGGGAAUUGUAGUAUUUCUACAGUUGAUUUCACGAGUCCAUCUAAGCUAGACCGCCACUGAAAACCUGGAAGCACUGAACGGCCGUUUCAUCCUAGUAUGUGACUCCUCAGCAGUGCACACCCAUGAUCCGAUGCUUUCAAGUUUUCAAGGGUAGUUUAGCAUAGAUCGACCCGUGAAAUCAACUGUGAAAAUCUAGUAUCGUUUAUGAUAAACGGAAAAAUUAUGAUUGCUGAAUAAACAAGGCACAACUAUCCAAAGCCAAAGAGAUUUAAUGUGGUGAUGGGCGUUUAAUAUUGUCAUUGCUGAGUUCAUUUAUCGAUCACACUUUACAGGAAUGAAAAAAAAUAUUCCUUUGUAUGUUUUCAUUCCCAGUGAUUCUCUCUUUAACUAAUCGCUCAUGAAAAUCUUUAUAAAAUUCUCUAUUUCUAUUUCCUUUAUAGACAUCGUUUACCAAAAGAAGAAUGGUGGCUUAGUUUACGCCCAUUAAUGCGUAUUAUGGCUAAACAUGAUAGUCUUUAUGAAUCAGAAAGUAUUAUGGCUGGAACUGAUAGAAAAUAAACAAUCAAUAUUUUAAUUUUAAUUUUAAAAAAUAAUAAUAAUAAGAGAAAAGAAAAAACAAAAGUGAAACAAAUUAUACUUUUUCUUUUGUUGAUUUCAAUUCAAUAUUAGUUUUUGCUUACUUUCAUUGAAUCAGAUCUUAUUAUUAUUGUUAUUAUUAUUAAUAGUAUUAUUAUUGAUAAUUUCCGUUUGUUUGUUUGUUUGUUUGUUUUCACUGAUUUAUUCGUUUAACUUACUACUACUAAUAAUUCAACCAACCCUGUCCAUCUUAUUCUGCUUUACCUGAGAUUGAUCACAUGUAUUGAAACCUGCAGGUUUAGUUAAAUUACAGAAUAUUAUUAUUAUUGUUAUAAGUCAUUUUAACCUUUCCAAAACCAAGAUGAUCACCAACAUCGCCUUUACUUUUGAAAUCUAGUUGUAGAAAAUUACAAAGGAACAUUUACUUUUCUUUUUCAAGACAAUGAAAAACAACAACAACAACAACAAAGAAAACAAUAAAGAAAUGAAAAACAUCAUCAAUGUGUUCCUUUCAUUCUGUUUUUUAUUUUAUGUUUUAGUGAGUCUAUGUAGUAGUAUUAAUAUAGUGCAAUAUAUAAAAAUUAACGAGUCAUUUUCCUCUUUUUUUUGUACAAUAGAGAAAAUGUAUAAUGAAAACUUUGAUUUUAUUUUAUCUUUUCAUGUAAUAAAUCGUUUAACCAUUUCUGUUCAAUAUUCUCUUAUAUAUUGUUUGACAUUAAAAAAAAAUAAUAAUAAGCACCUCUUGAAGUUCACUCUUUCCUAAAUUAUCCAGUUUUGAAUUGUUUUAGUUCUGUUAGAGUAUAAUAAGAAGUAAUUUUACACAUAGAGAUAGAUUGUCAUAUACAAGUUAAAAGAAAAAACAAAUUUUGUAACUAACGGAUCAUUAAGCAAUGAUCAAAUGUUAUAUUAGUCUAUUUCUUUAAUGAUGAUUGAAUACUGUUGUUGUAAAUGAAGACUUACGUAGGAAUAAACAAUUCGUUAUUUAAUUCAAAAUUACAGAAUAUCUUUGUAAAAUACUUUGUUUGUAAAUUUUCCAUCAAUUAUCUUUCACAUUCUGUAUGAUUCUUCUAAUUCAUAAUUUGUUUCUAUUCUCCUCAAUCUACUCAGGGUUGUUCUAUAAAGACAUUCUACUUUUGAUUGAUGUUACAUACUACUUAUACCUUUCGUCAUAAGUAGUUGAACAGGAAAUUCUGCCUGAUUUAUGUUUCAUACUAGUUGGCAUUUUUCAACAAGGUGUACCUUUGAAUUUAAGGGAACUAAUUCCCCCAUUGUAGGACUCACUUAACAUUAUAUGUGAAAAUUACAAACAUGUUUCAAUAAGCAGCAAACCUAGGUUCACUGUACUCUCCCAAUUAUCUUCAACCACGUAACAUCUCGAUACAUUCAUAUAAAUGAAAUCAAUAUUUGAACAUCACAUAAUUUAACUCUUUGUAAUUGUCAAAAUGCUUUAAUAUCAAAGUAUGGGAUAUUCCUAAUGGUUUAGAUGGUUAAUUUCACAUUAAUUAACUUGGACAGCUUAGAUAGACAAAAAUAACAUCCUUAUCUAUGUAUUGAACUUUAGUAAUUUACAUGAAACAACUGAAACAAGAUUAUCUCAAGGAACAAUAAACAAAAUAUCAUGAUAAUGGUUGAGAUUAAGUUAAAUACGAUUUCAUAUUUAAUGUUUAUUGUAAAACUCAUCUCACAGUGAGUUAGAUUUAAAAGUAACUGUUUUCCCUACUAUUAACCGAAGCUGAGUGAUUCUAAUAUGAAAGUUUAUGGAUAAUAAUUAUUUUUAUGUAUUCUAAGUUUUAAA